AUGUGCGUGCGGGCGAUUUCCGGAGGGAAAAAACGACAGCCGAACCUCGGUGGUCGCGAGGAUCAAGCGACAGGCGAUCUAAGUCUGAACGCGCAGCUUCGGCCAACUGCGAGGCACGCCGAGGCAAAGUACACCAUGUGGUCCUCGGCCCUCAUUAUUUUGAUUCCGCUACUAGCUGUUUACGUCAACGCCGCCUGUCCAACGUUCUCCAACUGGACCUCAUGGACUGACGAAUGCCUGUGGUAUCCGCUACGCAACAUGUAUAGUAAGAUUGCAGAUACUUGUGGAAUACCGUCUAUGCGAAACCUGUCAACGGUCGUUCCGACACCACCAGGGUUUGUCAUACCUGAACGCUGUGGGCACUGCAGCUUCAAGUUUCGAUGCAGAAAUCGAACGAAAACCGAGUCUUGUUUGUAA